AUGGUGUUCUUCAACGUAAAACUACUUCCACUACUUGUCAUCCCUUUCAACUCAGUUUGGUCCACAAGUUCAAAUUCAAUAUCUGAAAGCUUACUUCAAUGUCUUUCCACUCACCUAAAGCAUUCUAACUCAAGUAAGGAAAUAAUCUUAACCAGAAAUAGUUCUGCUUAUUCCUCAGUCUGGCAAUCUUCCAUACAGAACCUCAGAUUCUUGAACAAUUCAACGCCAAAACCUGAAGUUAUCGUUACUCCUUUCCAUGAAUCUUAUGUUCAAGCAGCAGUUAUUUGCUCCAAGAAACAUGGCAUACAAAUAAGAUUCCGAAGUGGGGGCCAUGACUACGAGGGCCUAUCUUAUGUAUCAUAUGAUCCUUUCAUCAUCAUUGAUCUUUUCAAUCUUCAGACCAUCCAUAUUGACAUAGAGAAUGAGAGUGCAUGGGUCGAGUCAGCUGCUACACUUGGACAGUUGUAUUACAGCAUUGCGCAAAAGGGUAAGGUACAUGGAUUUCCAGCAGGAUCUUGUCCUACAGUGGGUGUGGGGGGACAUAUUAGCGGAGGUGGAUUCGUUACUAUAUUCAGGAAAUAUGGUCUAGCAGCUGACAAUGUUAUUGAUGCUAGGAUUGUUGAUGUCAAUGGCAGACUUCUCAGCAGAAAAUCCAUGGGAGAAGAACUCUUCUGGGCUAUCAGAGGAGGAGGAGGCUCAAGCUUUGCAGUCAUUCUGGCAUGGAAACUUAGAUUGGUUCCUGCUCCUCCAUCUGUAACAGUUUGCAAAAUUGCGAAGACCAUGGAAGAAGGUGCAACCAAACUUUUCUCUAAAUGGCAAGUUAUAGCAGAAAAGCUCCAUGAAGACCUUUUCUUACAUUUGGUUGUGGAAGUUGCAAACGAAGCCAGUACAACUGAUGGCAAAACUAUUAAAGUGUCGUUCGAUUCAUUGUUUCUAGGACCCAUUGAGAAGCUUCUCCUUUUGACGCAAGAUAAGUUCCCGGACUUAAGUUUAGACCGCAGCAAUUGCACUAAAAUGAGUUGGAUCCAGUCUGUGAUGCACUUUGCUGGCUUCCCAAUAAGCGAAUCCUUGGAAGCUUUACUGAAGAGGACUCAGCCAUCUAGGAGCUUCUUCAAAGCAAAAUCGGACUAUGUGACGCAACCCAUUUCACAAGCUGGCUUGGAAGGUAUAUGGCAAAGACUACUUGAAGUAGAGACAUCCCAGUUGAUAUUGACACCUUACGGUGGAAGAAUGACUGAGAUCUCUGAUUCAGAAACUCCUUUCCCACAUAGAAAUGGAAGUAUAUUUGCAAUCCAGUAUUUGGUCACUUGGGAUGAUGACAAGGAAACUGAGAAACAUAUUAGCUGGAUGAGAAAGGUGUAUGCCUACAUGGCAUCACAUGUUUCAAAGUCCCCAAGAGCUGCCUAUUUGAACUAUAGGGAUCUAGACUUGCGGAGGAACCAUGAUGCUAAUACAAGCUAUGCACAAGCAAGCAUUUAG